CGCAUAAAAUGGCGGCGGAUUUUGUUUCUGUAUAUAUAAAUUCUAAUAUGAUAUUCACUGACAACCAUCUCGAUGCUGGCAGAUGCGUGUGGUGGCAGCGUUUGUGUGGGCGGUGGCAGGGGCGGCGUGGGCGCUGGAAGAGGGCGGCGUGGGCAGUCUUUACGAUCAGUACUUUCCUCCUCUUCACCCUAAUUGUGCCCAGAGUCUCACAGACCUCUUGUUGCGCCAAGAAAGCCAGCUUAGAGAAUCUGCAGGAAUACUGAAGGAGAUCCUGUCAGAAACCAAAGGCUCCUUGGCGACAGAAGCCUCCUGCUCAGGCACCUUCCGAAAGUUCGGUGGAACGUGUCUGUACAUUGCCAAGGACGUCAAAAAAACUUGGGAUGCUGCUCGGACCUUCUGCCAGGACCUGGGAGGAGACUUGGCCGUGUUCCGCGACGCCAACGCACUCGCAGAGGCUAUUGAAUACGCUAAAGCUUUAGGCGAGUCAUUUUCCUCUACAGUGCAUGUCUUAUUAUUCAUUCAUGUCCUCAUAAAUACAUUUUUCAUAUCAUUUGAAGAUGACAAUGGGUGCUACGUGAUGGUAAUGAGUCAGACGACAAUUAUAGUGCCACGCAUAACGACGAGUACAACGAACAGUUUCAUUAUUACAUUGGUAAAUAAUCGUAGCAUGCAUUGCAUACAUACAAGAGCAUUAACAAUUCUUUAUAUCGACAAGCUUGUGGCUCGUGCAACAGGUAUUCUGUACCAAUACUUUUAUGCUACAUUAAAGAUAUGCACUUAA